UCGCCUGCUGCCGAGAUUGCACACGAAAUAAUAUCAUUUCCGAGAUACGGAAUCGUACCUCACUUUACAACUGUCGGCCACCAAAAUCGCCUAAGCAGUUAAACGGACAACGGUCCAAAUUACGACUACCACGCCGUGAGUCGUCAUCAUCUGGUCAGUUAUUAACUAAUAUUAUUGCUAUUACUAUUGUUAUUAUAAUUCAAUUUUUUCGUUUUCCCGCGACGGCAACACACGUAUAUUAAAUUCCUCCAUUACCGCUGCGCAUAAUUUUCACGUCCUAUGCACUAAUUAUUUGAUAACUCGCGAAAUUGAAAUAAAAAAUUUCAUCUUACCUAUCUACGGACAUCUUCUUAGACUAUCGCCUUUCAAGUUCUGGGCCUCAUAUUAAUUUGUGCGUGAUUAGCAUAAACCGAACUCUUUUUUUUGACCCAGUCGACAACUGACAGAUCACACCGUCGAUUCAUAAAUUUUUCCUGUUAGAAUGGCUGGUAAAAAAAAGGGAACAGUUAAAGCAGUAGCAAAGAACAUAACAAAAACUGUUUCUGAACAUGCUGAUGUUCCAAAUAAUUCAACUGUAAUAAAAGAAGAACCAGAAGAAGUAAACGGUUUGACUGAUAUAGAUGAACUUGCAGAACCUGACGUGAUAUCAAAAACCAAUGGUAAACAAGCUGUUAAAAUGAAGAAAGGAAAAGGCCAAAAAAAUAAUAUUGAAGUUGAAGUUUCUAAUGAUAAACUGAUUACAGUAAAAUCUAAACGUAAUAAUCAAUCAAAUGGAAAUGAGAAGAAACAAUCUACAAGUGCCAAUCCAAAAAAAAUUGUUGAGACUAAUGGCAAUGCUCGUACUAAACGUAAACAAGAGUCCGAAAACCAGCAACCGACAAGUUCAAAAAGAUCAAAAAGGGAAUCGCUUGAAGAACAAGCAACUGAAAUUAAGAGUAAAAAGACUGAAAAAAUAUUAGAUAAAAUUGCCGUUGAUAACCGAAUUGAAACAUCUGGUAUUAUGAUGAUCAAAGGACGAGAUAUAGUAGUAGCCGGAUUAUUUGGUUUAGGCCCUGACCGUGAACAACUUACAAAUCUUACUGAAUUGAAAAAUUACAAAUUCAAACUUAUUGCUGCUGGAAGUAUGCAUGUUCUAGGUGUUACUGAGGAUGGAAAACUCUUGUCAUGGGGUUGUAAUGAUGAAGGCGCAUUGGGCCGAGAUACUUCAGUUGAAGAUAGUGAAACUAGACCUGGAAUUGUACAGAUUCCUGAAGAAGAUGCAGAAAUAUAUAGUAUAUCUGCUGGAGGUUCUCAUUCUGCAAUACUUCUUAGUAAUGGAAAUGUGUAUAGUUGGGGCACAUUUAGAGACAAAAAUGGUGAUAUGGGAUUCCAACCUAACGGAGAAAAACAACUGAAGCCUAAAUUAAUCAUGAGCCAUGUAAAGAAAAUUGCAUCUGGUAUAAAUCAUCUAGUCAUGUUGUCUAAAAACAAAGUGUAUACUAUGGGAUGUGGAGAUGAAGGUCAACUCGGUAGAAUAUGCCAAAGGCAUUCCAAUAGAGAUUCACGGGUUGGCAAAAAACUUCUGUUAAAUCCUCAACUUUUAAAUUUACGUAAAAAAGUUGAUGAUAUUUGGGCUAACUAUGAUACAACAUUUUUACGUUUAUCAGACUCUUCUAUUUACUCUUUUGGUCUAAAUGCUCAUGGCCAAUUAGGUGUUGAAAAUGAUGAUAAAUGUGUGUACUUUCCACAAAUAUCUGAAUCAUUAAGUCGUCUCAAAAUCAAGUCUAUAUCAGCUGGAACACAGCAUGUUACUUUACUAGAUGAACAAGGUGCAGUAURUGUAUUAGGUGAUUAUAAGGAUGGUCGUUUGGGUAUGGAUAUAGCAGAAAACCAAAAAGUUCCCAAAGUGUUAUCAUCAUUGCCUCAGAUUAAACUCGCAACUUGUGGUUCAGAUAACAGUUUUGUAGUUACUGAAAAUAAUAAAUUGAUGGCUUGGGGUAUUGGUUUUGAAGAAAAGGAUGAUUCUGAUGUUAUUUAUUAUAUACCAACAGAUAUCGAUACAGCCAAUAAAAUAGAACAGAAGACAAUAGUUCAGGCGACUUCUUCGGAUUCAGCAGUAUUUUUGCUAUUACAAGAUUAGCAUUUCAACAUUCAAUAUUUCUUAUUAUUAUUAUUUUUUUUUUCUAAAUAAUUUGUAUUUUUGUUCUCGGUAAAGAAAUUUUCUUUGAUAUCCAUACUUUUAAUAUCAAUUUUUAUGCAUUUAAAGAGUUAACUUGAACAAAAACAUUUAUUAAUUCCUAAA